AUGGCUGACUAUUUUCGAUCUCCAUCACUGUUCUGGUGGCUCCUCAUAACGUCAUCACUAUGCAUAAAUUUCUUAGCGUAUUACUCACCGCGGACACUGGGAUUUUUACCUAUCAUUGGACCGAUUGCGGCUUACAUAGGGAUCCACUAUCACUGGAUUACCGUUAUAACCAAUCUUUUCGCCUUAGUCGCGCAUGUCGGUGAGGGGCUAUAUGCACUGUAUCUGUCUACGACCCUGGGUCACAGUUUAUCUUGCUCUAUGAGGUGGUUUCUGCAGACAUUUAUCUUGGGUUUUCCGUCACUCAGCAUGCUCUCCAAAGCUGCUGGAAGACGCAAGAAAUGAUAUUGACCAGUGCUGGGCAGAAGUAAUGUUCUCUCAGAUAGACAGAUGAAUGUCUGGGUCGUAAUUGGGGAGCAAUAAAUCAAAUCGAGCUACGACUGUGAGCGAUUGUGCAGAAGGUGCAAAAUGCGGAUUUUACACUUUGCUAAUGGUUUUAUUCAUUUUCAUGGAUCAUUAUUCGUAUAAAUGUGCCUCACUGUACAGCCCACUGUUAUGACCUCCUCCAUUUGAUCAGAAUUAGAUUCCCUAAGAAUGUAUAAUAUAAAUGCGAUAAUUUUUUUUGAUAUUUCGUAGCCUUCAGAUUUUCAAAGCUCCUUCAAUCACCGUAUUUUCUGAUAAGUUUCACGUCACUAACAUUUACAGUCUCUGCGUAUCCUUAAGACUAUCUAUGCCUAUUACCUCGCUAGUUC